UUGGUGCUGUGACCUGCUUCCCUCCACUCGUUAACCACCUGUGACGGCAAACAGGAAAUCUCUCAAACAUUUAUCAAGCAGAUUUUCACUGGAAAAGCAGCUAUUUCUAUCACUUUUAAGAAGGCGAGAAUGGAGGAAUUUUCUGGCGAAGAGGGCUCUUUCAACUCUGAAGAGGCCAGUAACUCCGUGAAAGAGUGUAUUCAGAGUAUCAUUGGAGAAGAGAGCUACAGACAGGACACUGUGAACCAGUGGACAGCCAAGAUUGUGGAGCAAGCCCUCACCCUGCUGGUCAAACAGACUAAGUCAUACAAGUACAUUGUUAGCUGUGCUGUCAUGCAGAAGAGUGGUGCUGGUCUCCACACAGCUAACUCCUGCUACUGGGACACUGUUACUGAUGGUGUGUCAUCAUGACAUGCGGCACUUUGGGGUGGAACCACCGGUCUCUUCACUAAACCAGCCCUCCCCCAGCUGCCUAGGAAACACUGCUUAUCAAACUGACUCAUGCACUGUCUGUUCCUUUCUCUCAGGGAGCUGCUCAGUCAAAUGGGAGAACCGCACCAUGUACUGUGUAGUCAGUGUGUUUGCUGUGGCCUUAACCCCCUAGACCAGGACCAACCCUGAUACUGCUUAUAGAAGGUGCAAUGCUUCACCCAUCCUGCAGGGGAGGUAUUCAGUAGCUCACUGUAGAUUAUAUGAUGAAUGGGACAAGCAAUGAGACGGCUAUAGAUGUGGUAAAGGGGUCAAUGGAACUCGACCAAAACAAUGGAAAUGCGUGUAGGAAAGAUCCCGACUCUCCUAAUUGCCCUCCAGAAAAAUAAGGUUAUUGUUUGUGUAUUUGACAAGACAUAUUCAUGCCAUCAAGUGUCACAUUUUUAAUGUCACAUGCACAAGUACAGUAAAAUGCCUUUCUUGCAAACUCAAAAUCCAUCAAUGCAAUAAUCAAAAACAAUGUACUACUAGAAGGGAAAAAAACAACUGAUGACCACUGACUUCUGUAUGCUAGCUAUGCUACCAGCUUAUAGGAAUGGGAGUUAGCAUUUAGCAGUCACUUCUUCUAAACCUGAAAAGGGACUACUUCUGGAUGUUAUGCAGUGAAAACAGCCAAAUAUAUCCAAAUCGAACUCUAGUAACCACAUUGUGAUAAGAGCGUCUGCUAAAUGACUUAAAUGUAAAUGUAAUUGUGGGCCCGUUACAAUACAUCAAUCAUGACGGAUUUGACAAAUCUACUUUGUUAGAUCAGAUAUGUUGAAUGUGCACCAAUCCUGUGUCCUUCUAUCCCCACGAUCUGCGUUCCAUUGACCUAUUUACUGCAUCUAUUGAAAUGCUCUGGGUGGGCUGAAGUGCUGUCUACCCUGAAGAGACUUUAUUCAUUGACUUUAAAUGCAUCAGUUGAAAUGUUCCUAUUAUGACAGCUUGGCUUCAAAGCUGCUACCUUACGAUACCAAUGUUCCAACUAUAAUGUUGGCUUUACUUAAUGAAUAAAUCAUUAUUUUGGGGGGGUGCUUAUUUGUCCUUUGAUAUAGGGUGAGGAAAAGCAGUGUGUUUAUGUACAUUAUUUUACAUCAUAGAGCAGAUGAACUUGUUUUAGGAAAUGCUAUGUAAACAGAUCACAGGAUAUUGCAUACAGACACGAUUUCAAGUUGCAAUCAUUGUUUAAACAAAUGAAGAAUAAAAAAACAAGUUUCCAUAGAAAUAAUAAUAUGCCUGUAAUUUUGUGGGGUGGAAGGUGCCAUCGAUAGACUGUAGGACCCAUAGCUGAAUGUCAUUAAACGUUCAAAUUAAACCUU